GCUGGCAUGGUAGUGAGUAGUAAUCAGUUGUCGUUAAGUGACUGUGGAACACACGUACGCCGGCCACAGGUUACUGACAUCUCGGUACAGUGUGGUACUUCUUCCAUAGAUCUGGCAAUCGAAAUCUGCCCGGUCAUCUACACUGGCUACAAUGAGACACUCCUGAUCCUGAACCACAUGAUGGACACGUCCUGCAGAGCGACCCUGGAUGACACUGUGAAUCCACCUGUUGCAAGGUUUUCUUUCCCCCUAAAUAUGACCCACGCAUGUGGGAGCAUAUUCAGGACCACCAGUGCUGCUGGCACCGGAAUAUUCUCAGACUUUUCCAACAUCCAGACGGUCAACAUCAGUGGUGCUGUGCGGUCCAGCGACCCCACCACAGGCACAAUCACAUAUAACGCUGAGCUGAAAUACUACUACUCCUGUGCCUAUCCUUUAGAGUACCUGAUCAACAACACCCAGAUGGAUGUGUCUGCCUCCUCCAUUUCAAUGACGGACAACAAUGGCAGUUUCAUCAGCACCUUGAGCCUGGAGCUGUUCAGUGAUUCCAGCUACACCAAGCCGCUGCGUAUGCCAGAGGACGGGAUUGAACUAAGGACUGACAUUUACGUUGAGGUCAAAGCUACCAACCUGACAGGUCAGUACCAUGUCCUGCUGGACCGCUGUUAUGCCUCAAUCUCCCCGCUCCCAAGCAACUCCAGCUUCUUCAACCUGUUCGUCCCAUGCUCCAAGGACGCGUUUACCACCAUGAUUGAGAACGGAGAGAGCCAGAGUGCCCGGUUCUACUUCCCAGCUUUCCGCUUCAUUGAGCAGCAGAACGAGCUCAUGUCCACCUACUACCUCCACUGCAUCACCCGGCUGUGUGAGUUGAGCACCUGCAGCACCUUCAAGCAGUGCAACAACAGGAGGAAGAGGAGCACCCGUGAUGCGACCGCAACAGAUAUAUCUGAGAUUCACACCAUCACCUCUCCCGAGAUCGUCACCAGAGCUGAGAGCAUCCAGUCCAAAGAGGAGCCCCUUGCUGCUGGUGAAGAUGACAAUUCAUCUGUCGGGCUUGGCAUAGCAGUCGGCAUCCUGGCCUUUGUGUGCUUCAUUGCUCUUUGCAUGGCAGCUGUCUUUUACAAGAAGCUUAGGAACUAA